AUGCCUCUCUCUAAAAAAAAAGCAAACGCAGAAACGCAUUUCUUCUUCUCCCUCGUUCAAUCCAUCGCCGCAUGCUUCUUCUCCUUCCUUGAAGCCUGCCGCUGCAACAGGACUACCGUACUCUGUACCGUCACCGCCGAACACGAGAACCACCAUAUUCUCUCGCCUUCCGCCCCUGCCCGUGCCGCCGUCGUCGCACCUGCAGUCAUGUCUGAAUCAGACCAUCCAGAAAACAGUGACGCUGAUACCCACAAAUCCGCCACCGAUACCCAUAAAUCCGUCGAUACUGGUGAUUCCGGUCAGCCCAAGAACACCACGUUUCGAGGUUCCAAAUCGGAGUUUCAUCCCGCACUUGCCCUUUUCCGCAUCCAUGCUCACUCACAUCGAGUCCUGCAUCACAUCGUUCCAUCUAUCGGAAAAGAGAGACCAGCCAUUACCGAUGCCAACCAUGAACAAUGGUCCACUCUUGAUGCCACCGUUCUUCAGUGGAUUUAUUCCACUAUUUCUACCGAUUUGCUGACCACUAUUCUAGAACCCAACUCCACUGCAAUCGAAGCAUGGAAUCGCUUGGAAGAUAUUUUUCAGGACAACCAAAAUGCUCGAGCUGUCAUUCUUGAGCAAGAGUUUUCUAACACUCGUAUGGAGGAUUUUACCAAUGUCUCAGCUUACUGUCAGCGUCUUAAGAUGCUUUCUGAUCAGUUGAGAAAUGUCGGCUCCCCUAUGAACAAUCAUCUUCUGGUUGUUCAGCUGAUCUAUGGUCUCCCAGAAGCUUACCGCAGUGUUGCUACUUUGAUUUGCCAGAGAAACCCUCUUCCGACAUUCUAUCAGGCUCGUUCCAUGCUCACUUUGGAAGAAGCCAGUAUGGCUAAGAUGGAAAACACAGGCUCUCAUGCUGCUAUGCACACCACUCAGCUGAAACCUACUGAAGACACCUCUCAGCGUGGCAACCGUCGCCCCGACAAUCGUUCUCGCUCCCGUGGCAACCAGGGUCACGGAGAGGGACGUGGUAACCAUAAUGCACUUCAGUAUGGAGUUCCCAGCACUCCCUCACUUUGGUCCGCUCCUCCUUGGCAACAAUAA